AUGUCGGCGAUCGUAGAACAGCGUUUAAGCCAAAAGCUGAUGUUGUUGGAGAAUGGAGUGGCCAGAAUCGCAUCGAUGAAGGCCGAGUUGCGCGCGAACGCUGAAAAAGUGCGUCGCGAUGUUGCUGCGGCCGUGAAACAUCAAAUUUCGUGCCUGAGGGCAAGAGAGCAAGAACUUUUGAGUCAGUUGGAUCAGAUUGUGGCUGCGAGAGAAGAGAGCUUCAGUGAGCAGCAAGAUGUGAUUAGCAAGGCCAUAGGUAUGUGUAGGGAACAAUUAUUGUUAUUCAGGUUUAGGAGCUUGCCAGAACAGCUUCGAGACCAUCAAGACUGGAGGGUGUGAAAGCCUUGAAAUGGUAGAGAAGAUGCUUAUUCGGUAAGCUUUUCGUUUUUGAUGCUGUAUUGUUGUUAUUUACUCUUCUUGCUGUUUUACAUUGCCUUGGUCAAAAAUAUAUAUAAAAUCUGUCAAAGAAGCGAAUUGAAGAUUUUUACUGCUGGAAUAACACUGCUGAAAAUAGUGUUGAAAAUUAACUCGAAUGUUGAAAAGGCAUUGUUUUUUUGUUGUUGUUGGAUUCUCAGAAAUUAGAACUUUUUUUAAAAGUUUUGAACUUUUUCAAAUUUUGAAACUUGAUAAACAGUAUUGUGUUCACUUUUUGACCGGUCUGUACUCUUCUUUCUGGCUUUCGUUACGUGAUAUUAAUUUUAUGUUUUUAAUUAGUGCACUUUUUUCAAAAUAAUGUUUUAGUCUGAACGCAUUGAGUUUGAAGCCAAAAGGCAAUCCGAGCCUGGCCUUUGAGUUUGAUCCAUCUGAAUCACGCCUAGUUAGUGCCACUUUUGGCAACAUCUUCACCGACGUGCAUCAACAACUCGAGAGUCUGCCGAUGGACAUGGAAAUCUACGAAGACGACUUUCUGUCUCAUAAAACCGUAAUGCGACUGCCAGCUGAACGAGAUCUUGCCCAAAGUACGAUAAGCGAGGACUCGAACUGUUCUUUUGAAAUAAUCAGCCCGGAGGCGACUGAUAAGAGUCCCAUUGUGGGCACACACAUUGACGAGGUAAGGGAAAUUAAACUUUCAACACGAGUUUAUUGCUUCUUUGUAUGAUGGUGUACUUUGUUGCAGUAGGGAAAGUCUGACCAUCUAUCUGCGGGUGAUAAUAUUGCUUUGGGGUAUAUGUGAUGACUUUUGAUAUGUAAUAUUUGGUAAAAAAUUGACAAACGGUACUUUGUUACUGUUUAACUGUUAGCGCAUUUACUCUACUAGAGGUUUCUCAUUACAAUAUACUUUUAUGCCAAUUCAUGUCAUUAUGGUUAAUAAGUCUCGUUACAACAAAGUUUUUUCAUUUACAAAACUCACUGUAAAAUGUGCGAGCUAAUUCAUUGCACCGACCGAUUGUAACACUAAUCAAUCAUCUUCAGAUUGUUAAAUCGGACAACUGCCAGUGGCUGAGAGAAGACUGUCAGACUCCAAUUGCUAAUAAUACCGCGGUAUCUGAGCAGAUGUCGUGUCACAGUGCUUCGUUGGAUGACUUCAGACCGUCGCCUCGUGUAGCCAACAAAUUUAAGUUUGGCAGAAUCAUAAAAGAGAUUCAAGAGUCAGAGAACAAGAGCUGGUUGGUCGAUACAAGACCUUCGACCAGUGUGGAUGGUCUCUGUGAUAAGAUUAGGUACGAUGUUACUGUUUCUACUCCAGUCGUGUCGGAAAAGGCACCAGACACUUCAUGGCUUCGUAAUUACUCAAAGUCGAGUGAUGAUGUAGCCAAAGUUAAUGUGGAUCAGGUUGUUUACAUGGAUGAGGAUUCAGAUUUCUACCAUCACGAGCCAUUCUUGAAAGAGGUUGGACAGAAUAAGGAGAACAAGGUUGGAGGGGAGAAUAGUGAAUGGCUAGCCAGAUAA